AUGAAGGUCGACUCUCACAUUCAAAUCAUGUUUUUGACCCGAUCAGAGUACGACCGUGGAGUGAACACGUUUUCCCCUGAGGGACGCCUUUUUCAGGUGGAGUAUGCAAUAGAAGCAAUAAAGUUGGGUUCCACGGCAAUUGGGAUCCAGACAGCAGAGGGAGUCAUAUUGGCUGUUGAGAAGCGUAUCACAUCCCCUCUCAUGGAACCUACAACCAUUGAGAAAGUUGUUGAAAUUGACAAGCACGUUGGUUGUGCAGUGAGUGGACUGAUCGCAGAUGCCCGAACCAUGGUGGAUCGUGCACGGAUUGAAGCACAGAAUCAUUGGUUUGUGUAUGGGGAGAAGAUGUCUGUGGAGUCAGUGGCUCAGGCAGUCUCCAAUCUUGCCAUACAGUUUGGAGACUCUGAUGAUGAUGGUGCAGCAAUGAGUCGACCAUUUGGAGUGGCAAUUCUCUUUGCUGGCUGCGAUGAGCUGGGUCCUCAGUUGUAUCACAUGGAUCCUUCAGGAACCUUUGUCCAAUAUGAUGCUAAGGCCAUUGGAUCUGGGAGCGAGGGAGCUCAGCAAAGCUUGAAGGAAAUCUACCACAAGGGGAUGACACUGCAAGAGGCCCUCAAAGCUGCACUCACGAUCUUGAAGCAGGUGAUGGAAGAGAAGUUGAAUUCCACGAAUGUUGAAGUGGGUGCAGUCACACCCACCAAGUCAUUCCAUCUCUUCACCAAAGAACAAGUGGAAGAAGUGACCAGUGACGGAGGGGACGGCAUGAGGAUGGACAUGCCGCUUCAUCUCACAGCAGAUGCUAUGAGGAUCCUUGAAGCUUUCCUUGCCUCUGACCCCAAGAGCACCGUCAGCAUGUCUGAUGUCGAUGAAGUCCUCGAAGAGCUCCUCAAUCCUGGACUCAGGCGAAAUCCAGGGAAUAUAAGCUUCACUGCAGUUUUUGGGACGUUUGCUGUCGUGUCUUUGAUCCUCUUGAUUCACGGGUGCCUGUCUGGAUGGACGUGGAGGAAGCUCCUCAUGCUCUUCUUCAUCUCUGUCUUCAGUGCCAGUCUUCUCUUCAACUGGAUUCUUCUUUAUCAGAAGAAAUUGAGUGAGAGGCAUCAGACCUUGGAUGCUGGGAUCCCGUCAGAGUGCCAAGAAAACCGUUCCUUCUUCUUUUCCAUCUUCCGCAGCAUCAAAGCCAACCUCUUUGGAGCCUAUGGGAGCAGAGCAAAUUGUGAAGAAUACAUGAAGGCCUUGUAUGUAGACCCAAUGCUGGAAGUGUCUCCUGGUGUUGUCGUUGCAGAGACUCUGGCCCAGUUUAUCCUUCAUCCCUUGGAACGAAUGGGCAGUGAGCUUGCCAAGUUCCAAGGAGCCAUUGUCAGUGAAGUUGGAUGGAUGGGAUCCAUAGUGGUGCUUGCACUUUUCAUCAUUCUGGUGAUCGUUGUACUCUUGGUGGGAUGCGGCUACUCGUUCCAAGUGUGGCCUUUCAUCCGCAUCUCUCCGACUCCGUCUUACCAACGCCAACUCUCACGUCAGCAACCCCAGGCGGAGGAGGUGAUCCGACAGUACGUGCAAGAUGUGUUGCGAGAUGCCCUGCCUGCUGUGCAGCACAGCCAAUCGGAAUCCACGCUCGCGCAUCUUGGCGUCCGCCCUCGCUCCCAGAUCGCGAUGCAUCAUGAGAGCCUUGCCGAAGUGGACCCAGGGGAUAGAGAUACCUCGAGACGCUCUCUUCUCCUACGUCGGCAUCGCUCCCUCCAAGCCCCACAGGGGAACGCGAACGACGUGGUGGAGACCCUGGAACGCCUGGUGCGGCUCCGCUGCUCCACCACCCUUCCUCCGUCUGUGUGUCAGCAGCUGGAGAUAGCGGAACAGUACCUGGAGCGGGUGGCCUUGGGUGACCACCUGUCGUCAUCCGAGGAAGGGACGGCUCGACCCGAUUCCCACGUCGAGAAUUCUCCACUGAUCAGGAAGAUGAAAUCCAUGUUGGACGUGGAUGAAGUCGGCCAGGAGCCCAAUCAUGCAGACGGUUCUUAAAAUUCUCAUCCUCCACUUUGACCUCACGAUGUUUUUAUUUUUCUUGGACUCUGUCGGACUUGGUUUUAUUGAUUGGGGGGACUCGUACUGCAUGCCUGGUUAGGUCUGCUUCGUGCAUACACUGUGAGCCAGAAUGUGUCUUGAAGCCAAAGUUGUGAGUUUUCUUCGGUUGUGAUAGGAGACGCCCUGAUUUUACAUUCACAAAAGUUGUGAUCGUGGUUUAAAAAAAAUUGCAGAUAAUGGAUAGGAUGCACCAGAUCUGUUUUACUUUAAACUGUUUUGGUUUCAUAAUGGGCGUCUUUGGGAAUAAGGUAAUCUCUGUCAAACCAAUUCUCAUCGGGCCCCAUUGCGAAACCUGAUUAGCUUGCAUUCAAUAGAUCUGGCGCAUGUCACCCCCUGACAGCUUGGAUUCCAUGUGCUGAGGCCAGGAGAAUUCAGGGACAAAAAAAAAUGUUCAGAGCCCUUCCACAAAGUUUUUAUUAUUUUUUAUUUUUUCGUUGUGCCUACCAUUGUCUCCCCUCACUUACUUUCACUUUUUCACACAGUUUCCACAGGUUUCCUCGUCCAAUUUCCAUCGCAUUGCCAUCGCUGUAUCAGUUGCCAAAGCUCUUCCCUCUUUUGCAAACCGAGAGUUCAAAAACGGGUCCUGGCCCGAACCGGAACGUCGUGAAACGAGUCUCGCAACCAAAAUCCUCCUCGAGGGGUGCUCUUCUUUUCUAUUGAUAGUUGAUGAUAG